CUAUGUGUAUAUUAUUUUGGUAUCAGUACGAUGGAACCACGGAGAAGAUCAAAGUGAGCGGGCCAGCGGACACUAAGUCCAAGCCAGAGGAGGCCGCGAAACCCACAACUGCAGGCAACAAUCCAGAAAACGAAGAAGCCGCCCAAGAGGCUCAAGACGAGUUCCAGGAGCCGGACUUUCUGGACCCCAACUAUGCGGCUGGUCUCGAAGCGGCUUCGGACUACUCGGAAUCUUUUGACGACCCGGAACACCCAGUGAACAAAGUGUUACACAAGUACAAGCUGAUUAUAGCAGCCAAUCGGGAUGAGUUCAUGGACCGAGAAGCCUCGCCUUUGCAUAUUUGGAAUGACGCUAACGAUAUAGUGGCGGGAAAAGACAAGAAAGAAGGGGGCACGUGGAUGGGUGUCUCUAGGAAGUUCAAGUGUGCCUCUGUGAUCCUGAACAAGUACUCCAAGAAGCGAGAAGAGGAGACGCCGAAGAAUUCGCGUGGAUCGAUAGUGGUGAACAACUUGAAAAACCACAGCGAGUUUGCGUCCAAACUGAGAGCGGAGUGUACUGAGAACAAAUACCUCCCCUUCUAUCUGCUCAGUUUUGACUUCGAAGGACCCUUGAAGGUGGCCUACUACACUUGUGGAGCGGACGGUAAGUUGAAGCACAAGGAGAUCACAGGAACUGGCUUCUGUUCCCACUCCAACUCCUCAAUGGAGUCCCCGUGGGUGAAGACGAAGACUGGCCAGGAGUUGUUUGAGAAUACCGUCACUGAGUCACUCAUGAAGACAUCGGAGAAGACCAAAAUGCAGGUGAUGCGAGAUUUGAAAGCAUCUCUUAUCAAGAUGUUGAAAACAGACACUAGACACGAGGACCCUGCACUGUGUGCGAGCUACAAUGGACUUUUGCCCCCAGACACAGCCGAAGACCUCUCCUUGCUGUCCUCCAUCUUCGUCAAGUCGAAAUGCGACAAGUUCAAAUACGGAACUAGAGUGCACACGAUUUUGAUAGUGGACCAGAAGAAUGACGUCUACUUCAUCGAGCAGAACAGUGUGACGGGCAAGGAAGAGUAUUUGCGCUUCAGUUGCAAGUAGUGUCCAGUAUUUGGGUCUAAAAGGCUAUUAAAGCGCAUAAUAAUACAAGUUUUUCAAUGAGGUUUGGAGUUGA